CUCAGUUUGGCGCGUGCUUCGCAUAGCAGUUAAUGGAGCAGAAGCAGAAGGCCAAGAUUAACGAGAAGUGCCAGAAGUAAACAAAGCAUUUAGCUGCUUGUGGUUUUGUGGUACACAGAAAGGUGGUAUGGAGUUGGCACACAGCCUGUUGCUAAAUGAGGAUGCUUUGGCUCAGAUUACUGAGGCGAAGAGGCCUGUUUUUAUUUUUGAAUGGCUACGAUUUCUUGACAAAGUACUUGUGGCAGCUAACAAGGUUGACGUGAAGGAAAAGCAAAAGAAGCUGGUAGAACAGCUGACUGGGUUGAUCAGUAGUGCUCCUGGUCCCCCUACCCGAAAACUGCUGGCAAAGAACCUGGCCACUCUCUACAAUAUUGGCGAUACAUUUACUGUAUUCCAGACGCUGGACAAGUGCAAUGACAUCAUCAAAAGUAAAGAUGACACACCUGCUUACCUACCAACCAAGCUAGCUGCAGUAGCUUGUGUUGGAGCAUUUUAUGAGAAGAUGGGCCGAAUGCUUGGCAGUAGUUUCCCUGAGACAAUCAACAAUCUGUUAAAGGCUUUGAAAAGUGCUGAGUCUCAGGGCCGAAGUGAGAUUUUGCUAAGUCUGCAGAAAGUGCUGAAUGGACUUGGGGGUGCUGCAGCUUCCUGCCAUCGGGACAUCUACAAAAAUGCCCGUUCUUUACUGACAGACCGAUCCAUGGCUGUACGAUGUGCAGUAGCAAAGUGCCUGCUGGAGCUUCAGAAUGAAGCGGUUUUUAUGUGGACCACAGAGCUGGAAAAUGUGGCAACCCCUUGCUUCAAGGCACUAGAAGUUUCCAACUAUGGUGUCCGUGUGGCUGUGUCCAAGCUCUUAGGAACAGUAAUGGCCACAGCCUUAAUGCCUAAACAAGCAGCAGUUAUGCGGCAGAAUGUGAAGCGAGCCAGCCUAGAUGAAGUGCUGGAGCUAUUGGCUACAGGAUUCUUACGUGGAGGAUCUGGAUUGUUUAAAAGUGGUGGUGAAAUGCUGAAAGGAGGAGGUUCUGUCAGCAGAGAGGUUCGAGUUGGUGUGACACAGGCAUAUGUCAUUUUUGUUACUACUCUUGGGGGCCCAUGGCUAGAGCGUAACUUUGCCACAUUCCUUUCCCACGUUCUGGACUUAGUAUCUCACCCUCGAGCCAUUCAGACCCAUGUGGAGGCUGUUUACUCACGGCGCUGUGUCUCUUUCAUUCUUCGGGCCACUGUUGGAAGCUUGCUGGGAGAAAAAGCCCAAAUUGCUGCUGCCAAAGAAAUCUGCCAAGCCAUCAGUAAGCAGAUGAGGGCAGUUGAAGCAGUAGUAAAUGAUGCAAAUAAUGAAAAUAAAGCUGGAACAGCAGAUGUGUCAGCAAGCCAGCAUGUCAUGGUGUGUGCGUUGAAAGAGCUGGGCAGCCUUGUGCAGAGUCUCAGUGCUACUGCAUCACCUCUAAUCCAGGAACCUUCAGUUGGCCUUCUAGAGACUGUGACUUCAGUACUUCUUCACCCCAGCAUGGCAGCACGGUUGGCAGCUGCAUGGUGUUUGCGCUGUGUGGCAGUGGCUUUACCAUACCAACUCACGCCUUUGUUGGAUCGUAGUACUGAGCGCCUGAAUAAUUUGAAAACAUCACCAGAGGCUGUCAGUGGCUAUAGCUUUGCAAUGGCGGCAUUGCUUGGUGGUGUGCACCAGUGUCCACUAGGUAUCCCACACUCAAAAGGAAAGAUGGUUGUCAGCAUUGCAGAAGAUCUGCUCCGUACAGCUGCCCAGAACAGCCGACUGUCCCUGCAACGAACUCAGGCAGGGUGGUUGCUUUUGGGUGCACUAAUGACUUUAGGCCCAUCUCUUGUUCGAUAUCACCUUCCAAAGAUGUUGCUUCUAUGGCGAAAUGUUUUCCCACGUUCUCAAAAAGAGCUAGAGGCAGAAAAAGCAAGAGGUGAUUCCUUUACGUGGCAGGUCACUUUAGAAGGUCGUGCAGGAGCACUCUGUGCUAUGAGGAGUUUUGUCGCUCACUGCCCAGAAUUACUUACAGAAGAUGUGAUACGCAGAUUGAUGACACCCAUUGAUUGUGCAAUGACCAUGAUGUCCCACAUUCCUUCUGUUAUUAAAGCCCAUGGAGCACACUUGAAGGCUAGUGCAGCUAUGGUUCGGUUGAGACUUUACGAUAUUUUGGCUUUACUACCGCCCAAAACCUAUGAAGCAAGUUUCAGUGCACUACUUCGUGAGCUGGUUGCAGAGUUCACCUUGACUGAUAAUUCUGCCAACACUACCACUUCAUUGUUGAGGUCACUGUGCCAUUAUGAUGACAGUGUUUUGCUUGGGUCAUGGCUUCAGGAAACAGACCACAAAUCCAUUGAAGAUCAGCUGCAGCCGAACAGUGCAUCUGGAAGUGGAGCCUUAGAACAUGAUCCCUCAUCAAUCUACUUACGUGUCCCAGCAAAUGAAGCUAUUCCUGGGCCGCUGCCUUUAGGAGUAUCUGUGAUAGAUGCCUCUGUUGCCCUGUUUGGAGUUGUCUUUCCCCAUGUAUCAUUUAAACACCGACUACAGAUGUUGGAUCACUUUGCUGAAUGUAUAAAACAGGCUAAAGGUGUUCGACAACAAGCUGUCCAACUCAAUAUUUUUACUGCUGUACUUAGUGCGUUAAAGGGAUUGGCAGAGAAUAAGAGCAGUUUAGGGCCAGAAGAAGUACGAAAGUCAGCCCUGGCACUUGUCAUGGGAGCUCUGGACAAUCCUAAUCCAAUUUUGAGAUGUGCAGCUGGUGAAGCUUUAGGAAGAAUGGCUCAAGUGGUUGGGGAAGCAACUUUCAUUGCAAGGAUGGCUCAACAUAGUUUUGAUAAGUUGAAGUCUGCUCGUGAUGUUGUAUCUAGAACUGGACACUCCCUUGCGCUUGGUUGCCUCCACAGAUAUGUUGGAGGCAUAGGUUCAGGACAGCAUCUAAAGACGAGUGUCAGCAUUCUGCUAGCUCUUGCACAGGAUGGAACUUCCCAUGAAGUCCAGACUUGGGCUCUCCAUUCUCUGGCCUUAAUUGUGGAUUCCAGUGGUCCAAUGUAUCGUGGUUAUGUGGAACCCACACUUUCCUUAGUUCUUACCCUCUUACUAACCGUGCCUCCAUCUCAUACUGAAGUCCAUCAAUGCCUUGGACGCUGUCUAGGCGCGUUGAUCACGACUGUCGGGCCUGAGCUUCAAGGUAACAGUGCUACGAUCUCCACUAUCCGCUCCUCUUGCCUAGUGGGUUGUGCCAUCAUGCAGGAUCACUCAGACUCCCUGGUGCAAGCAGCUGCCAUUUCUUGCCUCCAGCAGCUACAUAUGUUUGCACCACGACAUGUGAAUCUGUCCAGCUUGGUACCUUGCUUGUGUGUUCACCUGGGCAGCUCACAUCUACUUCUGCGACGUGCUGCUGUAGCCUGUCUUCGGCAGCUGGCACAAAGAGAAGCUGCUGAAGUGUGUGAAUAUGCCAUGAGUUUGGCAAAAAAAGCAGGAGACAACAAAGACAGCGCCAUGAUAAAUUUGAAUAUCACAGAAACUGGCCUUGAAGGCGUUUUGUUUGGAAUGUUAGACAGAGAAACAGACAAGAAAUUGUGCUCAGACAUUCAUGACACAUUAGGACACAUGCUUUCCUCCUUAGCUGUGGAGAAACUGUCUCACUGGCUUAAACUCUGCAAGGAUGUUCUGGCUGCUUCUACAGAUAUUGGUGCAGCAGGACCACUUGGGGUUGGAAAGGAAGAAGACUCUGAAAAAAAAGAUGAAAUGGAUGAUGACAGCAUGUUUACAGCACUUGGCGAGGAUGACAAAUCUAAACUGUCUGUAGCCCCUCGCUGGGUGACACGUGUGUUUGCAGCAGACUGCCUGUGUCGAAUCAUCAUGCUUUGUGAAAAUGUGGACAAGGCACACUUUGACCUGGCUGCAGCUCGCUCUGCCAAGCUUAAGAACCCUAAAAAUGAUCUGCUAGUUCUUCAUCUCUCUGAUCUCAUAAGAAUGGCCUUUAUGGCUGCUACUGAUCAUAGCAACCAGCUCAGAAUGGCAGGCUUACAGGCCCUAGAGGACAUCAUCAAAAAGUUUGCAGCCGUCCCUGAACCCGAAUUUCCAGGUCAUGUCAUUUUGGAACAGUAUCAAGCUAAUGUUGGGGCAGCUUUACGUCCAGCUUUCUCACAGGAUACACCUUCUGACAUAACAGCAAAAGCAUGUCAGGUGUGCAGUGCCUGGAUUGGUAGUGGAGUGGUGAGUGACCUGAAUGAUCUGCGACGAGUUCACAACCUGUUGGUGUCCUCUUUGGAUAAAGUCCGCACUGGGAAAGGUUCUUCCCUUCAGCUCUAUAGUGAGAGUGCUACCACAAUGGAGAAACUGUCUGUACUGAAAGCUUGGGCUGAGGUAUACGUGGUGGCAAUGAGGGUUAAAAAGGAAGCAGAAAACAAACCCCCAAAGGUUUUAAAAAGCAGUGAGGAAGAUGAGGACGAUUUUGGUGAAGAUGUGCUGCCACCAGACAGCUUGAUUACACUAGUGCAGCCUGAAUUGCCAGCACUAAACCGACUUUGGCUUGCAGCCCUUAAAGACUACGCUCUUUUAACGUUGCCGCCCGAGUUUGCCAGCCAGCUGCCCCCUGAUGGAGGAGCGUUUUACACACCUGAAACAAUUGAUAUGGCACGGCUUCACUACCGAAACUCUUGGGCCCCCAUUCUACAUGCAGUGGCAACAUGGCUCAGCAGCACUGGGUUUUCUGUGAAUGAUCCAUCAGAGGAAGGCCUUACAAAUUCCCAGAAAGCUGCAGCAGCGGUUGUCCUAAACCAAAAUUCAAGCACACCACCUGCUGCUAAAUCCCCUGAGAAUGCUGUGAGAGACAAGAUGCACCUUCUCCUUGGUGUCAGUAUUGAGUUCCUAUGUUUUCCAAGAGCUGAAGAGCCCAUAGAACAUGUGACAGCGUGUCUGCAGGCCUUGCGGACCUUGCUUGAUUGCCCUUCUGCUAGGGUCCACAUUGCUGAUGACCAGCUCCUUGGGGUUGAACUUUUAAAUGUAUUACAUCGUCUUCUGCUCACUCGAGAUCCCACAUCAGUCCAACUUCAGGUGACUGGUGUUGUUCAAGAAGUGAUACGCGCCACUCAAGAUUGUCUGCAAGAAAGGAGAUAUGCUAAGGCUGAGGAUACGGGGGAGCAAGAUGCACCUUCUGUACUUGGAGAAGGAGGGGAAUCUGGAGGGUUAGUCCCUGGAAAGUCAUUGGUGUUUGCAGCCAUGGAGUUGCUGGUUUUCAUCUUAGUCCGACAGCUGCCCCAUCUCAACACCAAAGUGAAGGAUUCUCCAAGCCAUGUAGCAUAUAAGGCACAACGGCUCCCAGAGGAGAAUGCCAGACUAGUGGCAGCUACUGUUACCAUACUGGCCGAUCUGCCAUCCUUGUGUUCACCAGCAGGAAACAUGACUGUGCUGCCCACAAUCCUGUAUCUUCUCACGGGUGUACUUCGAGAAACGGCAGAGAAGACAGCAGACAAUCAGGUUCCCCCACCUGUUUCUGCUGCCCUGCAGGGUAUUAAAACUGUGAUAACUUGCUCACUGGCAAAAACUGAAAAGACGCACAAAGAGUGGACAGGCCUUAUCCGGAGCACUCUAGCGUCAGUGCUGGAGUAUUCACAACCUGAUGAAUCCCGUCCUGACAUGGAUGAAGUGAGCAUGCUGACGGCAGUCACUCUUUUUCUGUUGCAUGCCGGCUCAGAGAUUGUGGGUGUCACAUCUUUGCAGAAUGGUUGCAUGAACUGCUUCAAACAUGCCCUAAAUUCAGGAGAUCCAUGGGUACAAGCUAAAUGCUACCAGCUUUUGCUGUCUCUUUUCCAACACAAUAACCGGGCACUGGCUACUCCAUACAUCCAUUCCCUGGCCCCAUUGCUUGUGGAAAAGCUAAGAUCUGUGGAACAAAGUCGAGUCAGCAGUGGCCCUGAGCUGCAGGCUGUGCAGGAGGGAAUAAGAGUGCUGGAAACACUGGUGGCAAUGGCAGAGGAAGCCAACCGAGUCCAGCUUCUUGCACUUUUGGUCCCCAUCCUCAUCUCCUACCUCCUGGAUGAAAAUGCUUUCUUGUCAGCCUCGCCUUCCUCCAAGGACCUCCAUGAGUUUGCACUCCAGGACCUAGUGCGCAUUGGCCCUCUGUACCCAAAUGCUUUUAAGAUGGUGAUUGGAGCUGCCCCAGAGCUGAAGACGCGACUGGAAGUUGCUAUCAGAGCCAGCCAAGCCAGCAGUAAAGCUAAAGCUGCCAGUAGGCUUAGUCAGCCCACGGUGCAAGCUGCACCCACCAUCAAGCUGAAAACAAGCUUUUUUUGAAGAAGCAAUUCAACAGUCAUAUCGAGCUUAUUUGCACCCUUCUCAGGCUUGGGCCUAUCUUAUUGUUUCUGGUCUUCUUGUUACUUUCAGAAUCACCAGCUUUUCCAUGAUAUAUUAUCAUUUCCAUUCCGUCAUUGUCUGGACUAAAUAUUUCUGGCACACUUCAAAUUUCUUGUUUAUGCUUUUGUUAUGUUAUUUAUGAACUCGGAAUUAGGUUGGUGAAAUUAAAACUUUUGAACUUUCUAAUUAUUACUCUCAAAGGGUACUUUUGAGAUGGCUAUGUUGAAAGCACAAAGCUUUCUUUGAUGCAUUUUCACUCAUUCUUUCCUGUCCUGUAGUUCAGACUGUUCUUUGAGCUCCAUUAGACAGAUGUAUAGCCUGUUUUUGCUUGUAGGACUUCUUCAGGAAUCUCAAAUGUUUCAGGUGCACAGUUCCUCCUGAAUCAUCCUGAAAAGGGGUGAGCAGACAGCACUUGCUUGGUUCUGUUAUACAAGAACCUUUUUAUACUCCCCUUUGUGUGGUGUGCGUGUGUGUGAGUGAGUGAGUGAGAGAGAGAGAGAGAAGGCCUUGUUUUUAUAUGGUUCCCACAGUCAUUCCUCCAAGUGGUUCAGGCUCAGACCGGUUUAGCAGCAUUGCUGUCAGGAGAAAACAAAAUCUGCAGAAGAGUCAGCAGUGGGUGUAUAAUAUGGAAGAGAAUAGGGAAUAAAAAAUUUGCCUUCUGUUGUGAGUCAUUUGCUCAAAACUCUUUUCACAGUACAUGAUGAUGAUGUUCAAGGACAAUAAAUCAUUUAUGAAGGGAAUGUCUUUCAGUACGGCAGAGAUUUCUUUGCUGAUGCCUUGAAUGAACUAUUAAGAACACAAACGGGAUAAUGCGAAAAAAUAAUUUUAGCUUAUGUUUUGUCCAUGUUGGAAUGUUUUCUUUUGGUCAUUUCCUCAUUUUUUGGGUGCUUGUAUUAAAAUCUUGUCGUGAAGAGAUGUCUUGUGUAAGACUCUGUCUGGGGUAUAUUAUUAUUAUUAUUAAAACUAAUUGUAACUACCAACUA